AUGUCCAUCGAAUCCAACGCCAAAGAACUCAAACAAGCUUUAAGACAAUACCCAAACUUUCCACAAGAAGGUAUUUUAUUUGAAGAUUUCUUACCUAUUUUCCAAAAUCCACAACUUUUCAACAAAUUAGUCGAGUCAUUCAAAUUACAUCUUGCUGAAAAAUUCCCAAAUACCAAAAUUGACUACAUUAUUGGUUUAGAAUCUAGAGGUUUCCUAUUUGGUCCAGCUUUAGCUUUAGCUUUAAAUGUUGGUUUCGUUCCAGUAAGAAAAGCUGGUAAAUUACCAGGUGAAUGUGUCAAAGCAGUUUACAUGAAAGAAUACGGUCAAGAUGAAUUCGAAAUGCAAAAAGAUGCUAUUAAGGAAGGUUCUAAUGUCGUCAUCGUCGAUGAUAUCAUCGCUACCGGUGGUUCUGCCGCCGCCGCUGGUGAAUUAGUCGAAAAAGUUGGUGCCAACGUCAUAGAAUACCAAUUUGUUUUAGAAUUAGACUUCUUAAAGGGUAGAGAUAAAUUAAAGGCUCCAGUUUUCACUUUAUUGGUCGAUCAAAAGGAAGCUCUAAAAAAUUAG